AUAACAACGAGACCCCAAGACAGUUAUAUACAAAUGCUCCAAUCAAUUGAGAAUCGAUGCUCGUUUUACAAUGAAAGCUUGACCGAAAUAAACAGAUGCGCCAUUAGUGGCUGCUAAACCUCGGCGCUGCCAAAAGGACGCGAUGCACUAACACGGCAGGACAGUUUUCUUAGUGCGGGGGAUUUUUUCAAGACAACUUUUCCCCGAAACUAAAAAUUGAUGAGAAGGAGACGAGCGCUUGGCGAUUCUGCGCAACAUAGAGAUUGAUUUCAGUCUUGUUUGUUUGCGAGUCCGAGGAGAGCGGUUUGAAUUUGAUGAGGCCCAUCGCUGGCUGGCGAUAGCGCGAGGGGCGAAUCUCUUGCUCAGACAGGGCCCUCUACUCACUUCGACUCAUCUCAUCUCACCUCAUCUCACCCUCACUCGCCUCCUUUCAUCACCGCCAUGGACGCCAUCCAGGACCGCAUCGCCCUGCUGCUGGACUGGGCCGCCUCGCACCACGCAACGCUGCACCCGUCCGCCGAGAUCUACGACGACCCGGACACUGGCCUCUCGUUCCGCGUCCGGCCGUCGGCAGCGCCCAUUGCGCCCUACGAGCCCAUUGUCAGCCUGCCGACGACGCUGAGCCUCUCGUACGCAAACGCCCUGCAGCCAACGCCGGCUUUUCCCCGCGAAUUCCUCUCCCGGGCGCGGCCCCAUGUGAUUGGCCGCCUGUUGCUCAUCAAGGAGCUGCUCAGGGGCGAGGAGUCCUUCUGGUGGCCCUAUAUCCAGGCGCUGCCGCAGCCCGAGGACGUCGACGACUGGGCGCUGCCGCCGUUUUGGCCCGAGGAGGAGGCCGAGCUGCUCGAGGGCACGAAUGUCGAGGUUGGGCUGGACAAGAUCCGCGACGACCUGAAGCGCGAGUUUCGCGAGGCCAAGGCGAUGCUGCUGGCGUCGCAAAAGGACGCCGAGGACGAUUUCAGCGAGCUGCUGACGCGGGAGCUGUACAACUGGGCGUACUGCAUCUUCUCGAGCCGCUCCUUCAGGGCAUCGCUGGUCAUGACGGAGGCGCAGCAGCAGGCCCUGCCCGAGGACGUGUCGGUCGACGACUUUUCGGUGCUGCUGCCGCUGUUUGACAUUGGCAACCACGACAUGGCGGUGGACGUCCGGUGGGAGCUUGACGCUGCAAACUCAGGGGCUGCGUGCCAGCUCAGGGUCGGGAGGGAGCACCAGCCCGGGCAGCAAAUCUUCAACAACUACAGCCCCAAGACGAACGCCGAGCUGCUGCUGGGCUACGGCUUCAUGCUGCCCGUCACGGACGAGCUGCACAACGACUACAUCCACGUGCGGAAACGCACCGCCCCUUCGGCUCCUCUGCCGUCCAACCCUCAGUCCGGCAGCAGCAUGCCCGAGGAGUACCUCAUCUCCCUGCGGCCCGUGACCGAUCCAUCCUCGCUGCUCGCCGCGUCCAAGCAGGCUCUCGUCGUCAACCCGCCCGCGCUGGGCCUCCUCGGCGCAUUCAAGCACGUGCAGCACGACAUGGUGUGGGACAUUUUCAUGACGCUGCUGCAGCACUCGUCCAUCCCGCUCAUCAAGCUCAUCCCGCUAAACUCAAACACGUUCCCGUCGGAGGAAGAGGCGGUGCGGCAGCGCCAGGAGCGCUUCUUCUCCGGGCACGUCAACGACGAGUGCCACGAGUACCUGGAGCAGACGGUGGCCAUUAUCCAGCACAAGGUGCUGCAGGAGCUGGAGCGGCUCAACGAGACGGACAUGGAGGUGGUGGGCGACGACGUGGACCUGCUGUCGCCGAAUCAGCGGCUGGCGCUCGAGUAUCGCGAGCGGUGCAGGCGGGUGCUGGAGAAGACGCUGGGGACGAUGGGGGAGGAUGAGAUGCUGCAAUAUGACGAAUGAAUGACUGGAUGAUGGAUGAUACCAAAAAGUGGUCAUAAAAAUAUAGACAUAUAUAUAUAGUAAUGUUAUUUCGUUGGAAAGCAAUUAUAUCCGAGGGACGCUCGCUUUGUGUUGAACCAUCUAGUUAUGUACAAAAGGAUAUCUAGACAAAAACAAAUAGAAGAAAGCAAUCAUGACGAGCCAUCCAGCGCAUCCUUCAACUCAGCCUGCAUCAGCGCCUCCUCGAGGGGAAUCU